AUGCAGUUGAAGACUUUCGUUGUCACUCUCUUCGCUACUGUCGCCUUGGCCGUGCCAAACGCCCUAGACGGUCAGCCAAAGAUUGUCGGUCGACCCAAGGGACCGAUUCCUGGUAGUGGGCCUUCAUGCUGCUCGUACAUUCCUGGGCAAUGCCAACCAUCCUGCUGUCCUGGCGGAUGUCCUAAAUGA